CAAUGUCUUAUCUAUUGUUUGUUUAUUCCUUUGAAUUUUGGUUCCUAAUUUAUGGGCAUUGAUAUAACGUAAUGUAGACAUGCUGCAGUCAUACUCUUAUGGCAUCGUCGCCAUAUUACAUUUCAUUCAAUUGCGAUUACAAGCCUGCAGCUAAAUUCACACGAUAUUGCACACAUACAUACAGGCGAGGUUCGCGACACUUACUAAUGUCACAGACAUAUGACUAAUAUGUAUACAUAGGCAUAUGUCUAUGACUAAUAUUUAUACUUCCUAUACAAUUUCAUGUAAACUACGCAGAAACUCAACUCUACACAUAUAAUAGCCGCCUGUUGCUGAAGCGCGUCAGUAUCAGUCAGAAUAUUCUGGUAUCAUCUCAAGAUCUUAAGCUCGGUUUGGUAGAGAGUAAACAAUGGAAUACUUUACGAUAGACGAAAAAGGCUGUACAAAUGUUGUAGAAGAAAAUAACACAAUAAGAGUAGAUAUGAAAAAUUUGAUGCAAGCGUUAUCUAGUUGUACGGAACAUGGAGAAGCAGUUCAUAAUAAUGCUGAUGAACAAGGAGAAAGCUCUAGUCAGCAGCAACGAUAUGCUCAAAGUGCUAUUGAUCAACAACAAGAAUCAGGUGCCCAAGCUUCUGACAUCCAAUCUAAUCAGCAACAAAAGUCAAAUGUUCAAGCUACCAGGGAUCAGGCUAGUCAGACGGAAUCAGAUUAUUAUGGAGAGUGUAUGGUUGUAGUAGAAAGAAAUUCUAAAGGUGAAAAAGGUCGUACAAAAAAUAUAGGUCCAGAAGUGCCAGCAAUGUCGUUUAAUAUUUCUAAUGAUCUGAAUAAAGAUCCUGAUUUAAUAACUCUGGGUGACGCGUUAAAAUUGUUUAGGUUGCCUGAACAAUUACAGAAACUUGACAGUAGUCUUGAAAAGGUAAGGAGGCACAUAAAGGAUAAAGAACAGCAUGAGGACUAUUUAAAAGGGGUUGAUAAAAAUAUUCAGAAGCUAUCUUUAAAGUAUCACCCUGAUAAAGUAAAAAGUAGAGGUGGUUCUGAUGAAGAGUUGGCACAAGCUCAAAAAAUGCAAACUAUAUUAAAUGCGACAAGAUCGGUACUAAAUAGCCUUACUAGAGCAUUUCUCGAAAAUCUUGAUAUUGAUUAUAAGUAUGAAUUUUAUGCUAAAAUAGAAAUUAACUUGUUAGGAAAUGAAGAUGAGAUAAAGAAGCUGAAUUUACAAGUAUUACACAAUUUAGUUAUGUUAUCAGAAAUAAAACAGAAAAUUAUAGCACAAAUAAAUAAAUUUUUGAACGCAAGCAAUAAAAGUAUAGAAAGCUUUACUAAAGACAAUGUAACUGAUUUUGAAGAACAUCGAAAUAAUGCUCUACUUUACUUGAGUACGUGUAUUGAUGGAUACAACGAAUUAUCUGAAGAGUUUUAUGAGGUAAAGAAAGAGUUUAAAGAAGAUAAAGAGCUAGAGAUUAUGAGUUCUUUAAUAAAUAGAAUGGCAAAGGAAAUCUGUAUGCAGUUAAAUACAUUGAUAGAAUUAGAACAAUUUGCUAAAAGCUCACUUACAGGAAGGUUUCAAAUUUUCACUAACUGUGAGAAUGAGGAUAAAUAUUUCGUGUUACCUUUUGUUAAGUAUAUUAAUGUUUUAUUAAUGUGUAGCAAGGUAUGUAGUAAAGAGAAAAAUAACGGAGUAUGGCAGUAUAUCAAAAAAUUUAUAACGAAAACACACGAAAUAAAAAUUCGGGAACAAGAUCUAAAACAAGAGGAGGAAAGAUACGUUGAUGCAUACCAUUUAGCAUCAUAUUUUAAUGGCAAUACUAAGUAUGAUGAAAACGAGUUGAGAAAUGUACUUGAAAUAGCAGGAGACGAAGAAAUUAGUGUCGAAAAUGUCAAAAACAAGUUUAAUGAAGUCAUAAGAAAUAUCAAGGAUGACUUAGAAAAGAAAUUCAAACCUGAUGAUUACAUUGAGGGAGGUACCAAGAAAUAUAUUAUGAAAGAAUAUGCCAAGUGGAUGCGGAUUAUGGAUGAGUUUCUGAAGAAAGAGGAGAAAUUUAUAGAAGAUACCUGGAAUGAGAUAAUAAAUUCCCACAUAGAAAAAGAAAGGAUUAAAGAAGAAUGCAACGAAGAUAUAGAAGAAAACAGAAAAAUAAAGGAAGAUAUAAGAAGUUUUAUGCAAGAAAUGUCUAGCUAUAUGAAACAUGAAGAAACAAGUCAGGAUAAAGCUAAUUACUAAGAAACAGGUGCUCAAGAUUCUGAUGCCCAACCUAGUCAGCAACAAAAAUUAAAUGUUUAGGAUACAAAUGAUCAGACUAAUCAACAGCAGGAAUCAGAUACUAAAGCUGCUAAUGAUCGUGAACCUAAAAAUACCAACUAUAUUCUCACUAAUGUGUGUGGUACUAAAUCUUUUGUUAAUGCACAGAUAUCAGCACACAGCAAUUUCUAUCGCUACUUCCGUUUCCACUUGGAUAAAUUCUAUUCUAUUAAUUAAUUAUCUAAUAAUAAAUAAAAUGUAUAAGAUUAGCCAAGUAUUACUAUUAAAUAUCGUAAAGAUUC